AUGAAUAAACGAAAAAGUUUGGGCUAUGCAGGACGUAUAAGCUCUGAUCCGGAACAAAAUGUAAAGAAAGAAUACAAAUCACCAUUUUCCAAUCGAAAGGAAUCACCAGUGAAAGGAAAACGGCGUAAAAAGAAUGAACUUCCAAUUGAGCCUCCAGUUUCUAUUGAAGAGGCUAAUCCGCUUCGUUUUGUGAAUAUAGACAUUUUUAAUAAUCGAAUGAAGAAUGAAGCAACCAGUCACGAUGCUAUGAUUGCAAAACUUCUUUCCAGAAAAUUUACUAUUCCAAUGGAAGGUUACAUGUUGUCGGGAAGAAGCCUUGGAUUGGGAGGAAGUCGUCGGAAGUGCGCACUAUUUGAUCCGUAUCAUGAAGGAGCUCUUGUUCUUUUUGCCCCAGAGCCAUUGAGUGAGCAUGACCAAUUGAAAGAUGAUAAAGACCGAAAGGUGCACGUAGUCGUGGAUCCCGUUCUUGGCAAAAUUCUACGACCGCAUCAACGUGAGGGUGUGAAAUUCAUGUACGAUUGUGUGACGGGAGCAAACAUUGAAAACUAUUAUGGAUGCAUUAUGGCCGAUGAAAUGGGUCUCGGAAAGACACUUCAGUGUAUUACCUUACUCUGGACACUUCUCAGACAAAGUCCCGACGCAAAGCCAACAUUGUCGAAAUCAAUUAUUGUGUGUCCCAGUAGUUUAGUAAAAAAUUGGGAUAAAGAAAUCAAAAAAUGGCUCGGAACUCGUGUUAAUGCGAUGCCAAUGGAUAGCGGUAAAAAGGAGAUGAUCAUCGCGAGUUUAACCUCUUUUAUGGCAGACACAAAACUUCGUGCGGCGAUCCCCGUUCUCAUUAUUUCCUAUGAGACGUUUCGUUUAUAUGCUAAUAUUCUUCAUUCGGGCGAAGUCGGAAUAGUGAUUUGUGACGAGGGACAUCGACUCAAAAACAGCGAGAAUCUCACAUAUCAAGCGUUGAGCGGGCUCAAAUGCGCGAGAAGGGUUCUCAUUUCCGGAACUCCGAUUCAGAAUGAUUUGUUAGAAUAUUUUAGUUUGGUCAACUUUGUGAAUCCAGGCCUUCUCGGAACCGCUGCCGAAUUUCGUAAGAAAUAUGAGAAUUGUAUUCUGAAAGGCCGUGAUGCUGAUGCUUCUGCCGAAGAUCAGAAGCGCGGCGAAGAACGAACGAAGGAAAUGAUCUCACUCGUCGAGAAAUGCAUCAUUCGACGUACUUCGGCGCUUUUGACUAAAUAUCUUCCGGUUAAAUAUGAGAACAUCAUUUGCUGCAAAAAUUCGACGCUUCAAGAGACGCUGUAUAAUAAAUUAAUUGAGUGCGAAAAACAGAAUAGGAUUGCUGAAAAAGAUAAGGGCGCUACUGCUUCAGCUUUAUCAUUCAUCACGCAUCUCAAAAAACUGUGCAAUCAUCCAUGUCUUGUAUAUGAGGAAUUACAAAAGCCUGAUAAUCGCUUUACAGAUAAAUGUCUUAGCGUGUUCCCGGAAAACUUCAAUCCGAGACAUUUCGAUCCAUCAUUCUCUGGAAAAAUGAAAGUCUUGGACUAUAUUUUAGCGGUCACGCGAAAAACAACCGACGACAAGUUCGUGCUUGUAUCGAAUUACACGCAGACCAUCGACCAAUUCAUGGAGCUGUGCAAACUUCGAGGCUACGAUUAUGUGCGCCUCGAUGGUUCCAUGUCGAUCAAGCAACGAUCAAAAAUUAUCGACACCUUCAAUGACCCGCAAAGUAAUAUUUUCUGUUUCCUUCUUUCAUCGAAAGCCGGUGGAUGCGGCUUGAAUCUGAUCGGGGCUAAUCGAUUGGUGAUGUUCGAUCCUGAUUGGAAUCCGGCAAACGAUGAUCAGGCGAUGGCAAGAGUUUGGAGAGAUGGACAGAAAAAGACGUGCUUCAUUUAUCGUUUGUUAGCGACUGGAUCCAUAGAAGAGAAAAUGUUCCAAAGGCAGACACACAAAAAAGCACUCUCAUCUUGUGUGGUUGACGCGGGAGAAGACGUUGCUAGGCAUUUCAGUUCUGAGCAGCUCCGUGAGCUCUUCAAGCUUGAAUCUUCUGUCGCUUCGGAUACGCAUGAAAAGCUGAAAUGUAAGCGAUGUAUUCAAGGAGUUGAGAGUAUGGAUCCCCCGCAAGAAGCAGAUUGUUCAAGUGAUCUCGCGCACUGGUAUCACUCGCAAAAAUCUGCAAGAAAGGUGGCCGACAAUGUAUUGCGUGCUGUUUUCGAGUGCGGAUCGAUUUCAUUCGUUUUCCAUCAAAAAUCGCACAAUGUAGAAGUAAAGAAGACAAUUGAAGAAAUAGUCGAUGAAAAAGACGAGGAUUAUGUAGAUUCAGGUCACGAAGAACAAGACGACGACGAUUAG